ACGCUCAGUGAACUACUUCUGUCGUCGGACACCUCAGACUCAGCAUGCUGCCCUUAUUUCUAACGGUAUAUGUGUUAUAUUUAACAGCGGCGACAUCUCCGACAUCGCCGACAUCGCCCCUGUUACCGAGGAUGACGUUCACAGAGAAAGAGACAGCAAUGAAAAGGUUACCCCUGCCCGGACACCACGCACCCGUACAGAUUGUUCUGCAAGGAGAUCCAGACAUCGUCAUCGCCGCUGGACAAAAACACCUGAACUCAUUCAACUUCCAAAACCCUCAGAAGACUUGGGUGGAAAUAGACGUGUUGUGGACAGAGUGCAUCGACAACCGGCAUUCGCAAAGACUGAGGGAUUGCAACUAUAAGAUCACCGUGGUCCACAAGAGGGAAGAGGACAACCAGGUGUUUCUGUGUGGGACCAAUGGCAAGGAGACCCUGUGCUGUGACAUGAAUUUAUCAGAGCAGAUACCCAUGUGCCGUCCCUCUGAAAAAAUGAAGAUGAUAAAAGACAGCAUAAGGGAAUUUGUCAUAAAGGAAGGUGAACCGUUUGCCCUUGUGGAUUCUCUAGAAAGUGAUCUCUACAUUACAUACUCUGGUUCUCAAGGGUAUGUUGGCAUCCACAAGUUUGGGAAAAACCGAGUUGCCCCGGCAAGACACAAUAAAGAGCAGCACUAUGUGGGUUUGGUGCUCAGCAGACAGAGAGACCCAGAGAACAGCAAAGUCUAUGCCUUCUAUAGGGAGAAAGUAAGAGACAGAGGCUUGUACAGUGAAAUGUGGCUCCCUUUUGUGACCCGGGUUUGCACGGUGGAUCUUGGCGGUCCCAAGAACUUACUGCAGUUUUGCUGGACGUCCCAGAUGAAUGCCAGGCUCUUCUGCGGAGACGCUGACGGAGGAAAGCAUUUCCCCGAGCUGAUAGACGUGGCUACUGUGCAUGCAGACAAGUGGCAGGACACCAGGGUUUAUGCGCUCUUCAGAAAUGAAUGGGGUAUGAGUGCUGUGUGUGUCUACACCAUACAAGAUAUUGAACACGUCUUCACAACCUCCACAUUUAAAGGUGCGGACGGGCAAAGCAGCCGGCCUAGAGAGUGUGUUGCAGACAGCACAAAGAUUCAACAAGACAUCCUGAGGAUGAUCGAGACGAAUUCGGAGAUGGAGCAGUGGGUCCGGCCUGUGAACAGCUCUGGCCCGCUCCUCUCUAAUCACCACACCUACACUCACAUCCACGUCCACGGUUCCCAGGACAACAGCGACAGUCACCACACCGUCCUGUUCCUGUCUCUAAAUAAUGGAGGGAUUCAUAAGGUGAUGCAGAAUAAAAGUCAGACAUUUGUCAUCGCUGAGUAUCAACCUUUCAACCACAGCACCCACAUCGUCAGCAUCAGCCUCCACACCUCCUCUAGGAAGCUGUAUGUGAGCUCCAGAAAUGAACUGGUCCAACUGAAUGUGGCAAACUGUGCCCAGUAUGGGGACAGCUGUGAGCUAUGCGUGUUGGCCAGAGAUCCCUACUGCGGCUGGAACGGCAUCCACUGCACCCCUGAGAUAGAUGGAACACUGCAAGAUCUGACCCAAGGGAACCCUGCCAUCUGCAUGUCUUCAUCCAAGCUUCAGCUCUCUAGAAAAGUGUCUACUCCACAUCUCGGUGCCACUGCAACACAUGCAGACGAGGCCAAGGGCAGCGUCACACUUCCCCCCAAGAGCAAGUAUUUCCUCCAGUGCCCGGUGUCGUCCCAUCACGCCCAGUAUACCUGGCGUCACCUUGAAAGCGACACAUCAUGCAGCUCGAGGGAGCAGCGGUGCCUUCUCCUGAUCGACAGCAUGGGACCCGAGCAGGCGGGAACUUACAAAUGUGUGUCGGAGGAGAUGGGCUACAUUCGAGUCUUGGCGCAGUACCAACUACAGCUGAGCAAGGCGGCGGGCCGUUCAUCGAGCCCACUGGUCUGGCUUUGUCUAAUGGCAGUUCUGAUCAAGAGUUUGUCCUGAGUAGAUAACACCAUAGGAUAACAAAGGCAAUAUACGACACUUACGAUCUCCAAGUGUCUGCAAUCGUAACAUAGCUAGGGCCGCGACAUUAUCACUAAAAGGAAACUCUUUUAUUUUGUUACCACAAGUCCUAUUAGUAAUUAUUGCCUUUGAUUUAACUAACAAAAUAGUAAUACUGCAUUAAUGAAUCAGCCGAGUAGACGAUCGAUAAAGAAAACAGACGUCUCAAUCUUGCUUUGGAUUGUACAUAAGUCCUAGCCUUCUAAAGCAUAUUUUCAAAAGAAUGCGAAGUAGAAAAUACAUGUAAAAGCUCAAAUGUUCCUCAUCCAGCAUCUCUAAAGCCUGACGUGUCACUGUAGGCGCUUGCCUUCCGCUGCACACAAACAGCCGAGCGUACGUUUAACCAAUAAUGAUGUGAAUUAUUUUUUGUCAGCCGAGUUUAAGCUUAAUGUUUUGAUUCCAUUAUUAUUAUUAUUAUUAUUAUCAUUAUUAUUUAGACCAUACUAAAUAGUAGAAAAUCGUAAUAAACAUUUCAACAUUUCAGCACUGUGCCAUUCAAAAUCCAGCAAGAUGACGAGUCUCUUCCGUGAUCAUCUUUGGAUUAAGAAAUACAUGUAGAGUUGCAACUGGUUAUAGGGUGAUAAAAGGUGUUAUUUUUCAGAUAACCAGAUGCUUAGCAAGAAUGUAAUACUUCAUAACCUGGGGUAAGGGGGGGGCAUGUAGGAAACCUUUGCUGGUUUAGAAGACAGAAGUGUGUUGAAACCAGAAUCAUGCAGGUAAAGGAGUCAUGAGUCUUGCGAUAGUAUGAUUAUUAAAUUACAUUUCAGUUCUUUUGAAAUACUAGCCGUUUCCUUUACUGAGAAAUGCUAUCCAAAAGGAGACGACAUCCUGUCCUUGCUGUAAUUUCCCAUCUUGCAUACUACCUCGGACUUGCUUAACAGGUUGCUUCACUGAGAGACACUUUCAGCACUUUAUUUAUUGUAAUAAAUAAAUGUAUUUAAUACUUGUGUUUGAUAUGACAGUGUGUGGGAAUACAAAGAUGAUGUUUGACUUUUGAUUUGCUCUUACAAUGGAUUUAUUUUUGGAAGAAAACAUUUCAAAAACGUGUUUGCUUUUUUGCAUCGCUUUUCCUUUUCAUAAAAAUGCAAAUCUGUUUUCGUUCCGCAGUUUACUGUCAUUGAUCGUUACAUUCAACCAGUUCAGUUCUUCAAACCUCAAACAGCUGUGGCAUAGUAGCAGCAGUCUACAUGCUGUACUACACAAAGGCUGCACUUUUGGGGAAGCUGUCACACCAAGCUCACUUGAGAAAUGUUAUUGAUCUAUUGAUAUCCGCAUUUCCCACACAAGGCCAGAAUGGCUCAUAGAAAUGCUCGUGGAAUAACCAAUGUGACGAAUCUGGGUUUUUGUUCGUUAGGGAAUUCGCUUAACUUGUGUUACCUGCCGUUUGUAGAAAGUGGAAGUGAAUCUUUUUCGCACUACUGGAAGUGAACUGGAUGUGAAAACGCUUCUAAAUGUUAACCAAGCUUCCAAAACGAAAGCAUCAGGUCCGGUGGUUUCAGAGGCCCCACCGACACUUUAAAAAGAAAUAAAUGAAUACAACAAACACACAUCGAAGUAAGAUAUAAAGUAAAACUUUAUCAUGACAUACAAGUUUAAAGCCCUGAGAACCAUAUCUUUAUAUUACUAAUAUGAACAAAACUGAAUGUGUGAAAACCACUUUGGAAAAGUGCUCCUCUUAAAUACAAUCAGCACAAACCAGUUUUUACAAGCAUUCAUGUGUUUUGUCCUAUUUUUUUUUUGUUUGCUUUAAUCAAAGAGAAAACUAUAAUAUCAGUAAUAUCAUUAUUACCAUGUCCAUAAUAAUAAUAAUUACAGUACAAAAAUAUGCACAAACCCCACAGUUGAAUUAAUAUACGGAGCAUUGUACAAGCCAAAAACAACAACAUAAAAUUGAUAAAUGAGGUAUUCGAUAACCACUUGCAUAUGCGCCUGUUUUUACACAGAUCAGGUUAGUUUUUAAACAAUUUUAAAACUGAAUUAACUUAAUUAAAGGUUCUGCAGACUUCCAACUUCACAGCUUCCUGAGUGACGAGACCUCGCCUACAGUUACUGACGAUGCAAAUCCAAAAUAAAUGCAAAAACCGACAUUGCAUUCAGCGAAGUGACCGCAGCUUCCGUCAGAGCUCUUGCCCCAACGCAGCUUCAAUAUCAAACGCAACAGUGACUGCAGCCCACUUACCCGAGGUAUUGUGGUAUGAUGAGGUAGGGGCGGUCUCUAACACACACACACACACACACACACACACACACACACACACA